AUGUUAUGGUUAUGCCCAACUUGUAUGGUAACAUUAUAGAUAACCUGGCAGCCGGUCUUGUAGGUGGAGCGGGAGUCGUGCCCAGAGCAGGCUAUAGUGAUGAUACUGCAAUAUUUGAACAGGGAGCCAGACAUUCAUUUGCAACAGCUGUAGGCAAGAACAUAGCUAAUCCAACAGCUGUGUUGUUUGCAGGCUGCAAUAUGUUACGACACUUAUGUUUGGACUAUCAUGCCAAGCUCAUUGAAGAUGCUGUCCAGAAAGUAGUAAAAGCUGGAAAGGUGAGGACACAUGAUAUGGGAGGAUAUGCUACUACAGCAGAGUUCACCAACGCUGUAGUCAACUCCUUAUAAUUAAAGCAUGAAUCAUCUAGUGACAAAAAUCGUAUAGUAUAAGUGCUAUCUUGUUGAGAGCAAAAUAAAAAUGAAUUAUUACAGAAGAGCUAUUUUAUGAACCAAUGCGGUAUUAUAUAAUUGGGCGGGGGCAAACAUUUGAUAUGGUAGGGAUAUUGAUAGAAAAAAUCAGACAUAAUCAAAUGAGAAAUAUGAUGUUUUUUUGUAUAUUUGAGAAAGAACUUUUUCACAAUAUAGUACAAUGUAAUAAAUGCCUGUCACAAGCUAUGAGACAGUAUGUUUAGUAGAAGGCAAAGUACUUACAUGUUUCUGAUAUUCUUUUAGGUAAGAAAUACAGUGAUUUUCUUUGAAGUAUUGGUACAUUAUUUUUUAGAAUAUAGGUAAAUUAGAGCAUCAUCUUUAAUCAUUCAAACCAACUGUGUACAUGUUGUAAUUGUGUUCAAUAUUUUAUAUUUAUUAGUACACUGCCUGCUUAGCAUCUUUAUUGAUGAAUUGGUAUUUUAAAAGGAACCGUAAUUUUCAUAUAAGUAUUUUUAAAAGGGAAGCUUUCUUUAUAAAUAAGUAAUGUAAACAGAACUUUUAUUGAUAUAUAAUGUGCUUUAAAGGGAAAUUCUUUUGAUAAAUGAGUGUAGUAAUGAGCUUUAAAGGGAAACCUUUAGUAAUAAAUGAGUGUUUUAAAACAGAACCACUGUUGAAAUUUAUUAUUAAAAUAUUUUAAAGAGAACUUUAAGUAACUGUUAAUUCCCUGUCACUGUGGAUAUUGAACCUUUUUAUUCUAUAUCAAUCAAGAUGUUAAUACACAUUUUACUUUGAUGAAAAAUUCAUAAGAAAUUGUAAUUUUAAUUUUAGACCCAAUUGUAAUGACCAUUUUCACCUGUUGUUAUGUUAGGAGCU